AUGGCAUCUAGUGAGGAAUAUCCUUCGCCAUCAGGGAAUCUACCACUUCAGUUGUCAGCUAAACGGAUUUCCAAAGCUCGUAAAUCUUGUUCCGGAGAUCACCAAAAUUGCAGUCCGGUUAGAAAAAAUCAUAUUGACGACUCGAACAGCAUUAUCGUCACUCCUUCCAUUGAUAGUCGAGAACUUGAUCGUCUAAAAUUCACUAACCCAGGUAGACAGAUGGAAGAACUAGAAGUCGGUUGGUCCGAAGCAAAUAUGACACGGAGUGUUCGCAGACAAAUGACCGUUAAAUCUGGUCACAAAUCAUCAGAGUAA